AUGAGCAGUGUAGAACAACAAGCACCUGCGCCGGCUGCGGCUACAUCACCGCAGCAGCAGCCUCUGGGCACCCCCACACAACAGAACGCGCCCACUCCUGCGUCUGUUGCAAACUCAUCCAGCGACUCGCUUGUCUGCCAGUGGCAGUCUUGCGGCGAGCGUCUGCCUUCUGCCGAGCAGCUCUACGAUCACGUUUGCGAACGCCAUGUUGGCCGCAAGAGCACCAACAACUUGAAUCUGACUUGUCAAUGGGGUAACUGCCGUACCACGACUGUAAAGCGUGACCACAUCACGUCGCACAUUCGUGUCCACGUCCCGUUGAAGCCGCAUAAGUGCGACUUCUGCGGGAAGGCUUUCAAGCGCCCUCAGGAUCUGAAGAAGCACGUCAAGACUCACGCUGAUGACUCUGUCUUGCUUCGCUCGCCUGAGCCCAACCGUGGCGGUCCCCACGGUGCCGGUGGCUACCCCGGUCAAAGCGGCAAGCUCGUUGCUGAUUUGCAGGCCCUUGCCGCUACAGCGAGUGGAUACCAGUAUCCUGAUGGUGCUCUUGGCCCUAACGGAGCCUAUGGCCAGCAACACCCUGGAGGCGCUCCUGCCGGAUUCUACGGAGGCCCGCCCCAGAACUCCGCCUAUGGCCCAGUCUACUAUGCUGUCAACCAGACGCAGCAGCUGACCAACGACUAUGAGAUCCGUAAGCGCGCAGCAUACGAUGCCUUGAAUGAGUUCUUUGGCGACGCCAAGCGCCGUUCCAUCGACCCCUCCACCUACUACGACGUUGGUCAGCGUCUGAUGGGUCUCCAGGGUGUCCAGCUCCCUGUUCUUGGUGGCUACCAAUCUUCUGGCAUGUCCGAGUAUGGCCACGGCGGCACCAUGGUCGCUCAGGCUUCGCACCCUCCUAUGCACCACCCCUACUCGCUGCCUCUGCCUAACCUGAGGACGAAGAGUGAUCUUUUGAACAUCGACCAGUUCUUGGAGCAGCUCCAGAGCACCGUCUACGAGCACCCCAACCACGCCGCGGCUGCUGGUGUCCAGCAAGCCGGUGCUCACUACGUCCACACUGGUGCCGGCUACCGCUCGAGUCACUCGCCACCUGGUCUGUCAAGCAGCCACUCCCAGUCUUCGCACGCCACUGCUGCUCCCAACGACACCCCAGCGUUGACCCCUGCAUCCAGCGUCCUGUCAUACAGCUCGCAGCACUCUCCUGGUGCCACUCACUCUUCCAGCGGUGUUUCGCCUACUUCCAGGUCUUCGAUUGGAAGCAUGUACCCAACUCUCCCAUCGGUCAGCGCCAUGUCUGACAUGUCCGCUGCGGCUCCCUCGUCGGGUCUUGCACCUGCUUUCGAUGCUGAUGGCCGACGGAGAUUCUCGGGUAACCUGCUCCAGAAGGCAGCUCCAGACCGAAGUGAGGAAGACGAGAUGGACACGGGGUCGGACGGGUCGUCCAAGUCCCGCCGUAACUCGGAACAGGACAGCCUGCACCACGACGUCAACCAGCUGGCUAUCCACUCUCCUAAGGUUGACCCUGCUCUUCGCUCGCCAAGUGUAGUGUCGGAUGCUCCCACAGAAACAGCAAACGACUCUGGUCACUGGGUUGAGAACAUCCGUGUGAUUGAGAGGCUCAGGGCCUGGCUCAAGGAGCGUCUCGACACUCGUGACUACCUCGACGAAGAGGAGAACGCUGUCAAGGAGGAGCAUCGCACGAUUGAGGACGAAGAUGAGCACAACCUCUACCCUGUCCUUCGUGCUGUGCAAGAAGGCCGGGAGUAG